AGAGCGAGAGACGACGCCAGCAGUAGAGAGACAAGCUGUUCGGAGAGACGCGGGGAGAGCAGCUACAGCCAUGGACGUGCAGUCAGAGAGCAACGAGCCACCAGCCUGCGAGCCACCACCUCCCAGCAGAAUCAACAAAGCGGCGUUCAAGCUCUUCGGUCGUCGCAAGCCUGGCAGUGCCGUGCCUGCCAUUUUCUCCAUGCGCGGCAAAGGGGAAGGCAGCAAGGCAGCUGCAAAGGCGCCACUCGUCCGGAGCAAGACGCAUGACGGCCUAGCAGAGGGGGGGCAUGGGGAACAAGGUGCACCAGAGGAACCUACUGAAGCCCCAUGUGAAGCAGCACCUCUACCCCCACCCCCAUCGCGACCCUCCAUCUCUUCCGUCGCCUCGGUUAAGUCACUGGGCUUCCUAACACUACUCCGUGGAGGAAGUCGGCGAGGAAGCAGUGUCAGCAGAAGAGGGGGUCUCAGGGGACUGUUGGGGAACGUGCGCUGGCCCCGAAGGGCUCGGGGCCCUGAGGACAGAAGAGACGAGGCUCCCCCGCCUUCAGACGUUCUUCUGGCUUCUCGCUCGAACAGCGUGGAAAUUGUGAAGGAGCACAUGACCCUCACGCCCCGGCCACCACCACGCACCCUCGACACCACCCCCAUGGAUUCUGGGAUGCCCAUCGAAGGACAGCGAAGGAGCGGUCUUCAGUCAGCACGACCACUUUCCAUGGCCACCUCCCCGGGGAGCCCUCCAGCAGUACCCUGUAUGGAUCUCCUUAGUUCCGUCCUCGCAGACAUCUCCUCGCUUGGGAGCUUCGACUCACCAGCUGCCAGCGGUGACAUCACCUCGGAUGCAAAAACACAAGUACUCAGAGCUGGCACCUCAACGGAACAGGACAGGGGGCAAGUCACGAGACCUGCUGAUGCUCCAGCCCUGGGUGAAGAGGCUCAUUCCAGCACUGAUGAGGUCAGUGAGGAUGGGGAGGCUGGUUCCUGCAAGCUGGACCUCCAGAAGGACUUUCACUCCCCCAGCCUAUCCCGGUCCCCACUCCCAGAGACAGGAUCUGCUCUUCGUCCUGAGAAGAAGCUUCCCCCCGUAAGUAAGAUACCUGUGAGUGGAAGUGGUCGACCGGGAAAGACCCCGCGAGAUGCUGCUCCUGACAAAGGUCACUUGGACCUGGGCACUCCUAUUGCUACACCUUCCUCCACACCGGCUGCCACUCCUGUUGUUACACCUGCUGUUACACCUGGCCCAGAGGAUGAAUGUGCUGGCUUUACUGCCCAGUGGAACAGCUCGAGAGGCGAUGUUCACCACCCAAAUGUGGAUCCUGCAGAGGUCCUGGAAUUGAGUUCCAAGCUCACUCCCCCUACCAGAGCUCCUGGGGCUGCCCGCACCACUAGAAUCCCUGUCAAACAGACACAACUUGUACAGUCUACUCGUCAGGGCGCCCUCAUACAACCCUACCCACCACAAGCCAAGACCGAGGCUCCUCGGACCAAGAUCCCAGUGUCCAAGGUGCCUGUCCGCCGUGGCAGCAACAAGCCCCCCACCACCCAUCAGUCCCCUCAUGACCUGCCCCGGAAAUAGAGCCUCCACUUUUCCACUUGGCUCCAGCACAGCAAAUGAGUCUGCCGAGUCUUAGUCCAAACCCUCCUGCUGGCCCUGUAUAGCAGAUAUUCUUUAGUUUCCUUAACUUCCAUACUCCCUACAUGUGGAUGAGAGGAUUUUUUUUUUUAUUUUCCUUGGUUUUACUUUCAUGAUUUUUAUUUAUCUGAGGUAUGAUGAACUGGAACCAAGGUGCUGUACCAUAGGUGUUCUACUGCCUCUCUAUCAGGAAUACGGUCUCCCUCUUUCACCAGGAUGUACAGAAGCAGGGCUCAACGCCAUGGACUGCUGAACACUGCAAUAAACAGCAAGAACCACGUAAACAAUGAAGCACAGCAAAACUGCACAGGAUGAUCCAAAAGCCAUGGAAGCACCACAGCUAUAAGUCUCCGGUGUACCGACUAAAGAUGGUCCUCCAUAUCAGUGCUGGUGCGGCCAAAAGGCUGUGUGGGAUUACAACAUAGAAGUAUAACCACAAAACUGGGAAACUCAUCAGGAAAUAAUACUCUUUCUUACAAUGUGCAAAAACAACUCCACCCCCAACGUGAACACAGCUUUUCUAAGAGUCAAAAACAUCUUUUUAAUGUUUUCUUAUAUCUUUUUGUAGAAUUUUUUCCUGCUGUGGUCUUUGGUACCUGUCUUGUCCAAUUGGAAACAUGAUCUGUGUCACAAGUUGCCCAGUACGUUUCCCCACCUUUACUGCAGGACCAGGACACUUACAGCACAUUCAGUUUGAAGCAGUUAGCAUGCUACCACCAUAAGACAAAGGAAGGUCUCUCGAGGUUGAAUCACAGUCACAGGGGGACAGUUUGCACCCGUAGUCCAACAGUGACUUUUGGUGAGAAGCUCUUGAUUCAUGCUGAGACAAAUGCGUGGUCCUCAAAGGAUGGUUCAGUGUUUUUGCAGGAUCACGAUGGUCAGCACAGGUCAGUUUGUCACUUUGUAUAUGUCAACAGGAUAAGGAUUAUUUUUGUUAAUGUAAAUGUAAAUGUUGUUUUAUUUCCUAUUUAAUCAAUAAAUGCUGGUGUACCCAACACACAGACAGGCUUCAGGUCUUUACAAAAACAGCUGACACCAGUCAUCAUGCUGCCCUUGCCCACUGUCACCCCUUUUCAGUUGAGGCGUCUCAUGGUAGCUGAUGGAACACAAGCUUUAUAAAUAUCCAUUAUAUGUGGGAGCAACAUGAAAACAGUCUGGAGACAAUACAUGUACACGUGUGAGUGAGCUAUUGAUGAUUUCAUGUAUGUAUGUUUUUUCAUGCAAUGCAUUAUGUGUAAAUGAUUGUGUGACAGUGCAGCUGUAGAAUGUGUGCAUGUGUAUGCAUGUGCGCAUGCACGUUUGGGAUGUAAAGAAGUGGGGAUGGUGUGUGCACUAAAGAUGUCUCUAGCAGUCACUAAUGUCAUAGCAUAAUGUAACUCCAAAUCUAGCCUGAUGGGGAGGGGCCCUGUGUGAGAGUGUGUUUACGUAGUGUACAUGAGUACAUAUGUGUC